UUUCUCUGUCUUAAGCCCUUCAAAUUUAUGUAAACAAAUAAUCAAAUCAAAAACCCUAGCUGUAGAUUUAGCUUCCAUUAUUCUUUUCUGCGACGACGAGAUCGAAUUCGUUCAGUUAAUUCGAUCAACACAGAGCAAAAUGGCGUCGUUUCAGGAAGCGCCACCUGGCAAUGCCAAGGCCGGUGAGAAGAUCUUCAAAACUAAGUGCGCUCAGUGCCACACCGUCGAGAAAGGCGCUGGUCACAAGCAAGGACCUAAUUUGAAUGGCCUUUUUGGGAGACAAUCUGGGACAACCCCUGGGUAUUCCUAUUCUGCUGCUAACAAGAAUAUGGCCGUUAUUUGGGGAGAGAACACAUUGUAUGAGUACUUGCUUAACCCAAAGAAGUAUAUUCCUGGAACGAAGAUGGUCUUCCCUGGAUUGAAGAAGCCACAGGAGCGUGCCAAUCUCAUAGCUUAUUUGAAGGAGUCAACAGCCUGAUCCUUUUGCUUAGCGUGGGCUAUUUUCCAACCAUCAGAAUAGUUCAAGUUACUUCUACAUAAUAAUUCUUUUUUUCUUUUCCAAAAACUGCGCAUCAUGAAGGUGACCAAGAUCUUUGGAGUUAUAGGCAAGCAGAAAUUUUUUUUGUACUUCUCAAACUUUCAUGGUCUCACAGCUUUUAAUUCUCAAAAAUUUGUGCUGCUUAAUUGUCCCAAUGAAAAAUUUUAAGCCGCACAAUUGGGUACUGUUAUAGCAGCUUAUGUUGGGGAUUUUAUUAUAUCUGGAAAUGAUGGAAUUUUUCAGUCUUGCUAGAUGCUUUUUAGGAUUUGAAUAUGUUGUUCAUUUUGAUGUAUUUGGCAUGGCUUUUGGAAGAUUGAUGCUGGUGAUGUAUAAA